AAUCAAUCAUUUGAGUAUGCCAUACAACUGGACUGCGAAGAACAAAUUGCAAAUAUUUUUUGGGCUGAUGCUAAAAUGAUCAUUGACUAUGCUCAUUUUGGUGAUGUUGUCACUUUUGAUACAACCUUCGGAACAAACAAGGAGUAUAGACCAUUUGGGGUAUUCCUUGGAUUCAAUCAUUUCCGAGAAACCGUUGUUUUUGGUGCUUGUCUUCUAUAUGAUGAAACUUUUGAUUCUUUCCUGUGGUUAUUUGAUACUUUUUUGUCAACACACAACAAGAAGCAACCUAGGACAAUAUACACGGAUCAAGACACUGCAAUGGGAAAUGCAAUCAAGGAUGUAUUUACAGAAGCAAGGCAUGGACUAUGCACUUUUCACAUAAUGCAAAAUGCCAUCAAACAUUUGUCUGCUCAUUGCACUAAAGAAUCAAAUCUUAUUAAGGAUUUUAGCGCUUGUGUGUUCGGGUAUGAGGACAAGGAAACAUUUGUGGAGGCUUUCUACACCCUGAGAACUAAGGUAGAGAAGCAAACUUGGUUUGAUAGCAUCUAUAAAGUAAGAGAAAAGUGGGCUGAAUGUUAUAUGAGGGAUGCUUUCACCUUAGGGAUGCGAAGCACGCAACUAAGCGAGAACCUAAACAAUGACUUGAAACUCCACCUGAAAUCGGACCUUGACCUUGUUCGUUUUUUCAAGCAUUUUGAAAGGGUUGUGAAAGGGAAACGAGACAACGAGUUGAAUUCGGAGUAUGAGUCCAGAGAGAAACUACCUAGAAUCAAAAUAACUACACCGAUGUUAGUCCAAGCAAGUGAGCAACCAGAGAAUGAGAUUCAGCAACAAAUGAAAGGGCGGAAAAGACCAACCAAAGCUAAGAAGACACAACAGCAAGAGAAUGGAAUCAAGAAAACCAACAAAGGAAGGAAAAAGGCUACGAAGACCACCAGUGCACAUGACUUGCCUAUGGGUUCCCGGCAACACAAAGAUGAGACCCAUUCAUUGACAGAAAAAGAUACUGGGAGCAUUGAGAAUGAUUUUCAUGGUUAUGGAUGUAUUAAGAGUUACACUGAAUUAUUGAUGGGUUCUAGUGUCGAACAACUGUACGUAAAUGACAUGUUUCUAUCAUAUCCCUUUUGUCAUCAGUAGACUUGAAGAUCCAUUUUAUCACAGGAGGAAUUGAAGAGUGAUGAAUGCUAAAGAUUGGAUGGAUGCUGCUGGUCAUGCUGCUGGUCAUGCAUUCAUUUUAUCACAUCUUAUAGUGUUGGUCAUGUACUAAUUAGUUAAAUCUGCCCUAGGGAAAACAUGUGGAAAUUCUAGUAUUUUAACUUUUGUACUGCUCUUGAAUUUGUCAAUGCGAGACCAGCAGUUGAUUAA